CGCCAUCUUCUUCGAGUCGAAGCCAGAGAGGAGUAACGAGUCUCGGAGCAAUAGUAAUCGAUUCGGCCAAGCGAUGGCUUGCCAGCAAGGCGGAGGUCCAAGGGUCAUUGGACAGACUACCUGGGAAGAGGUGGCGGAAAGAGGACAUGAACGUCGGCCUUGCUCCGUUUGCUCAAGGCCCUGUCGGAACCAGCUGGGGCUGGACCGCGUCUACACUGCGAAAAACAAACGAUGGCGAUUUCUCGACUCCAUCGAACGACGCGAUUGUCAAGGAUGCAUUCGUGGGCAGUAUGGUGGACCUCGCUGCGGCGUUGAGCAGACGAGAAGAGACGUGCAUCACGGCUUACGGUUUCCAUGGGCGGGAAGAGGACCGUGGCACGCAAAAAGAAUCACCCAGCACACAGCUUGCUGCCUCUUGCAGUCUUGAUGAUGAGGAUGAUGAGGAUGAUGAAGAUGACGAAGAUGCCGAUGAAUCGGACAUGGCGAGAGGAAGGCGUGAUCAAGUGAUUGACUCGUGGUUCUCGAGCCAAUUUUUGUCGACCCCACCCAAUGACGACGACGACGACGACGACCACGACCACCACCACCAAUAUAAGGUAGAUGUCAUCAAUGACCACAAGCAACGCGACAAUGGAGUCAUCUUUCUUCAUGUCUUGGAUAAAGCCCUCAAUGGCAACCCUACCGAUCUAGCUGCCACCUGGGAAAUCUUUGGAAUCAUGCGACACCGCAGAGCUGUCGGCCGCAAGCCCGCCCAGUUCCAGAUACAAUGGCAAUCUUGUCUGCUCCCACCAAGGCGGCCACUCAUCUUACUCGGUUGGUAUCGCCUUCGGGAACAUGGAACGUUAUGGGGCACACCACAUGAUGUUGCCGAUGGUUGGCCGCGGCAGCCCGGAUACCCAUCCAACUUCUCCGGUGCCAACAAGAAGAAUUACUAGUCCAGGAUUGGAAAUGUUGGUUCAAUUCGAAUCCAUAUCAGCUAGCCCGAC